AUGGCUUCCAGUCCCGGACCCAGCUCCGAAGCUGGCGAUGUGCAGCUUACCAUCGGCGUCGAGUGGGAGUUCCUCUUCGCCUUCAUCCCCGGAUAUGAGUUCAAGGUCCUUGAAGAUGGUCCAGGCGAUCCCUGCGGCCGCCCGUUGGUGACUUUGCCCUGCGAACACCCUCUUUUCGAACCCGUGGCUGCCCGGCGAGUCGCGCAGUCCCUACGGCCGCACCUCGCAGGCUUCUCUCCGGGGAAGAUCGAGACCAUAUGGGAUAUGAGAGUUAAGCCCUACAUGAGGGGCUACGCAGACCACUGGAUGGUGAAGCUAGAUCGCUCUGUCGGGGGUUAUCCAGGGGGCGAAUAUCACUUCACGGGCCUCGAACUCACGUCGCCUAUCCUUCGGGAGAGCGACCCGCAGCUCGGGGCCAUGCUCGUGGAGGCGACGCGUGCCCUCACACGUCACGAUCGCGUCAAGCGGAACGAGACAUGCGCGCUUCACGUCCAUGUCGGCGUCUCGGGAGAAGAGGGCUGGGAUAUGCUGACCCUAAAGAAGCUCGCGUCGCUCCUCUGGCUGGCAGAGGACCGCCUUGCUCGUCUGUGCCACCCUGACCGGAGCGACAAUGUGUAUUGCCUCUCGCUGGCCAAGACGAGCAUGCUGGCUGUAUAUACUAUCGAGCCGGGAGAUCCCGAAGACACGACCGAAAUCAAUACCUGGCUCGCGCCCCUUUUCGGCGAAGCCGCGAGCGCUCACGCAGAGACGCAACAGCGGCUGACCAAACUUUGGAGUGCGAAGCAGCGUCUCAUCCUGGCAACCAUGCUCCGCGAGACUUGUGCCGGUUCGCUGAGAUACAACUUCAAGAACCUGGUGACACAGGUCUUGGGAGAGUCCGAAGCCCCAAAUGGCCCAUUGGACAAGAGAACGGUCGAGUUCCGCAUGAUGGACAUGACCUUCAACGGAAAGCUCGUGCACGCGUACACAGCCUGCUGCAUCCGUCUUGUCCACUGCGCUAAAGAUCUAGGCAUCGGCGAAUAUCAGGUUCUCGCGCGAGAGCUUCUCAAACCCGAGACCGAGUACACCAUCUGGCAGUUGCUGGCAGGCAUCGGCCUCGACAAGCAGCACAUCGAUGAGCUGGAGAAGUGGGCAGCAAAUGGCUAUGAGGAUCCGCUGGACCUGCCCCUCGCAGGUGCUGACGAGGCAGGCAUCGUUCAGGCGCAAUGA